CAUUCUUGAAAAAGAAAUAUUCGUAAGUCGCACUGCACGCCGGAAUCAAUCCCUUUGCAUGUGCAGCCAGCGUGGUCUCCACCUUUCGAGUCUCAAUAGUGAAUCACUUAAAGGAGUUUGCACCUAGCGUCUUUGGCGAUGAUGCACUCGCCAAUGAUGCUUUUCGGGCCUUGUGCAGUGUAGGCCUCACGCACCAGCAUGGACGUCUUGCCCUCUGGCGCAAUAUAGACCUGGAUGCCCCCGUGGAGGAAGGAGCCGCUAGAGGAGAUGCCGAGGCCCGCCAUCUCAUUCUCGAUUUCACCGGCAUCAUUCUCGGUCACGUAGCCAGAUUCGUCGCAGAUGUAGACGAUCCAGUGCUCGCGGACUGUCACACCCCAGCCCUUGGGCAUGGCCAGCGCUGCAAUACACGUGUAUCAGGACACGCAGACGCUUACGUCGAAGGCAGAACUUUGCUUCGGGUGGGUCUUUGUAGCAGGGAAUCUUCCACUCAGGAUUGGAGAGCACUUCUGGCCACCCGAGGCUGCCUGUGCCGAUCGUUGCUAGGUGAUACAUCGGCUGGCAAUCUGCAUGGACACAAUCAAUGCAUCACCAGCCCCCGAUCGCAGAGUCAGACUCUCUGGCUUGCUGCGAGGCUCACUCUUGUUUUUCGAGGCCGUAGCAUUCUUCGCCAACGCCUCGCGUGUCUCAUUGGUACUGCUGCCUGCAUCGGGUUCAGUGUACCCACAAGGACGGUGCGAAGGCCGUUGUCUCUGACUGACCGGCCAUCCUUGAAGUCCUCGAGGGAUCACUGACAUCGCCCGCUUUGGUGAUCCUCAAGACAGCCACCGCCACAAGGAUGACAGGGACAUAACAGAAGGCCCGCAUUGUCACUGCAGAGACACGGG